AUGUCCAAAUUGAUAUCGUAUGGUGAUGAUCAUCAAGGAAUAUUAUGUGGAGCCACGGUCGUCGAUAAUUAUUGGCUCUUGACAGCUGCACAUUGUGCAUUACAACUCCAAAAAAGAUCAUUUAUCUAUGUUCGGAAGCCUUCAAACAACAAAGAAUACACAUUUCCGAUCAGAGAAGCUUAUGUGCAUAGUGGGUAUAAUAAUCAAACUGCUGAUAAUGAUAUUGCACUUUUAAAAAUUUCUUCCGAUCUCUCUACCCAUGGAAUCAAACCGGUUUGCCUUGUAAAGGACGAUUCACAAAUUCGCAAAGAGUACAAAAAUGGAGUUGUUAUUGGUUAUGGAUUGACUCUGGGAGAAGAUGCUUCUGGUGGUCCAAAACUUGUCAACAGUCAGACUCUUCAAAGCACUGCUGUCCCAAUUAUUCCAGAUGUAGAAUGUGUGAAAACCUGGAGAUUUUUAUCAUUGUUGUCCGUGAAAAUAACCAAUUCGCAAAUUUGUGCUGGAUCCUACCUUCAUGGAACUGCUCCGGGAGAUUCUGGAGGACCUCUUUUAAUCCGAAAAACCGAUGGCGAAUACGUUCAAAUCGGAAUCACAAGUUAUGGAGCUGAUGGAUUAGAUGGAGUUGUAGAUCAAGGAAAAUUCCCAGGUGUCUACACAAGAGUAUCCAAGUAUGUUCCAUGGAUUGAAACUGUGAUCGGGAAGACCUCGAAGACAAGAAGUUCCACAUAA